ACCUGCAGUGUGUAUCAAACAAGGAUUAUACUCCAAACAGAAACGACCGUUAAACUGAACAGUGAAAAUUAACAGUAUUAUUUGGAUUUAAGGCUGACGAAAUGUCUUCAGCAUUCGUGCCGACACAGUUUCUUGGUGACAUUGGAGAUUUUGUCUUACGACAGAACAUGUUACGACAGCAGCAGCAGCAGUGUGCUGAACGCAGAAACACUCUUGGUGCUGCGAUAAAUGUGCAACGAAAUCGGAAUUUCUCCGUGGGAAAUUUUACACCAGUGCCUGCGAACGCAACUGUGAUUAUGGAUAACCAGACUGGAUUGAGUGAGCAUAAAAAGUUGGAUAGAUCAUACAGUGAACCGUGUGAGAGGCUGUUAAACAACAACACGAACUUGAACACUCAGCAAAAACAGCCCGUUAAUUCCAGUCGGUACAAGACCGAACUCUGUAGGCCUUUCGAAGAAAACGGUCAUUGCAAAUACGCAGACAAAUGUCAAUUCGCUCACGGUGCUCACGAACUGAAGUCGUUGCAGCGGCACCCAAAGUACAAAACGGAAUUAUGCCGCACAUUCCACUCAAAGGGAUUCUGCCCGUACGGGCCUAGGUGCAACUUCGUUCACAAUGACGAGUCUGUCAGUAAGGCAAACGAACAGAACAACAGAAUUACCGCAGCGCACAACGUACAGCAAUCGCAUCUGGCCACGCAGCAAUAUUUCCAGCACAUUUCGCCGCCGAGUUUGAGCCAGUCGCCACCACCCACGGUCCAGCGUCCAACGUCUAUCAACUUCAAUUCCAGCUUCACAGGUUCACUCGGGUCGUCGGCAGAAUCGUCGCCCCCAUCGAGUGUGGGCAGUGAGAGCCCUUCGCUGAGCCCAGUGUUCUUCGGGGAGGACUUGUUAAACUCGGGACUCGGUUUGCCUUUGAACAAUUCGCUCAAUUUUGAUAAUUCUACAAAUAGUAAUGUGUUCAGCAGCAGUUUAAUGCCAGAGUUUGGCUUUGAUCUCUCACCUUUAAACAUUCAAACUGUCAGCAGUGUAGAUUCGCUCGCCCAGCAUUUUGGUGCCCUUCUUAACUUGAACAAUCAAACAAACAAGUCCGUAUGGAAUGACCGCGAAUGGAGUGCUUCCUUUUUCUCCAACGCCCCUACGUCACCCCCGGACUCGAUAUCUGGUGAAAGCGUGGGUAGCUUCAGCAGCUUUGGAACCAGCAACAGCUCCAGCAUGUCCACGUGUGGGUCGCCAAUGGAGGUGGGGAAGAACUUCAGGCUACCAGUCUUCAGCCACAUUUCCCAGUAGGGGUUUGUGUAGUGAUCUGCCGUCUGUGUUAUAUUUUUCUGCUUUAUUUACCCAUGAUGCUUGACACGUUGAAAUAAUUACGAAAACUAGUAUAUGAACAAUAAAUGUUGACGUUUAACUGUUAUAUUUUUCUGCUUUAUUUACCCAUGAUGCUUGACACGUUGAAAUAAUUACGAAAACUAGUAUAUGAACAAUAAAUGUUGACUUUUAACUGGAGGAUUUAAAAUGCACACUUUUGAAGCGUCAUGAAUGCUGUUGACCCAAUAUAAAUUAUAUUGAUCAGUUUUCAUGAUCUGAUGGAAUGUCUUGAAGCAAUUUCCAAUGUUAAGCCUUUCUAUUGUACAAAUAUACAAAUUUAAUAGGCAGUGAUGUUUGAUUACAAAAUUUAAGUUGUUUUAGUUUUGUCCAAAUGUUUUUGAGUAUCAAAAAGUAUUUUUUCACCCAGGGCAAUUUGCGAUCUUUAUAUAUAUGUUGUAUCAUGUUAUAAGAAGUGCCUAUGUUUCUCUCUCGGGUACAUACUGUGUGUGCUCAAUGAUCACCCUGUUAAUGUUCAUGAUUGCAUUUUGAAGUUCGUUAUUGUUGUAUUUUACAACUUUCAGUAAUUUUUCAUGCUUUUUCACAAGUAAUUUAAUUGCAACAAAUCUAAUUUAUUGUAUUACUUUCAUGCAUUUAAAUUAUUCUACAUUUUGUUGACAUGUAAGCACAUAGUUCAUUUUCACAUCUCUGUUUCAAAGUUAUUCUCAUUUAUUUGUUUAAAUUAUUAAAUGCUAAAAAAUCCAAAGUUAUGGGAUCACUUAUUAUAAUUUCAUGUUUAUUGUUCAUGUAUAUUAUUAUAUUUCACUGUGAAUAACUCAUUGAUCAUGUUAUUUAUAUGCAAAAUAUCCAGGAAUGGAUGAAGAUUUAAUUAUUUGAAAAAAAAAUACAAAAAUAAAAUUGUUUGAAAACUAAAA